GUUUUGGCGUUAAUAUACAAUGACGCGAAUGGGUGUGCGGAGUAGUCAAGAUCCGUCUGGCUGAAUCUUUAAGUGUCCUCGAUUGUGGUUUCAAGUUAUUCACACUUGUUAUAUUUUUCAGUUAAAAACACUUGCACGGAUAUACAUAUGCAGCUACCGCUGAAGGAGAUGCUGAGCUGCCUAACAACGUUAAAACAUGGAUUACCGGCAGCCGGUUGACUGGCGUAGAAAGCGCAAUUUCUUGCUCGGGACUUUUUAAAGUUGCUUCCUAUUGAUCCGCUGUCCGUGCAGCUGCUGCUACUGCUGCUAUAUAUGCACGCUCUACUAGCCCAUUACACACCACUGUACCGCUUCACAAUUUCCCUAUCAGCUAAUCAAGAUGCGUUCGUGAUCGAUUAUGUUUGAAAUCCAAAUAGUUUUUCUUUACUACACUGCCUCUGUGUGUGCAGCAGUGUGUGAGUGCGGGGGUUUGUUUUGGUUUAUAUUAUUGUCUCGUGCAGUGCAGGAUGAUUUGCGCCAGUCUAAUCAGUGGCGCUGAACAUGCGCGAGCGGUAAUUAGAAGCCGGUGAUUAUCUUUGUGUGCUGCUGCGGGCGACGACAACCGGGCUACAGUGAUUCAAUUCGGGAUGGCGGAAUACAAGAUCACAUUGACGGAUGGUCCGCCGUGGGGAAUACGACUGCAGGAGAAUCCGGUGCGGGUUUCGGCAGUGAAUCCUGGAAGUAAAGCUCACCGCCAAGGUAUCGAAGCGGGUGACCAAGUGCUUUCUAUAAAUAACAAUCCGGUACAAGACAUCCAAGAAGCCCAGCAGCUGGUUCGCAGUGCCAGCAACAGUCUUGUCCUGAAAUUGCGCCGGCCCAGUCGACCAACGUUUUUGUUGGACAAGACCCGUGCACCAUCAGAUAAAGAGGAGAUUUCUAGUGUGAAAAACUGGAAUCGGAAUACAAAGCCGGCGCUAAUGUGAGCCAAACCCAUGUUAAGCCCUCCGUCCCAUUCUCCAUGAGUGAUAAGGAAAACGUGCCUAAUUCUGUGCGCUCGCACUAUACUCCAAUGGAUAAUACAUCUUUCCAAAAUAACAGACUUCAUAAUCAGGAAAAUGAUCACAGGACUACUUCGUCGGCAUCAGAAACCAAAUACACCAGCGAAAUGCAGAUGGCCGAGAGUAAUGGCGCUCCGCCACGACAGCCAACUUCCGGUCCGCCCAUGUCACCGUCUUUCAAGGUUAGAGGCCUUAAACCACAGAUCUGGUCGCCCACUCAAUCCAUGCGUUCCAACGCGCCGGCAGCAAGUGUGGCGGCGAAAGACGAUAACGCCAACGUUAGCGCCUAUCAGCAGCAGCCUCGGCAAAACAGCAUCCAGGAUAGGUUCGCGGUGGCCUCUCAUACACCCGCUGUGACAGGCGUACCGCUCGCACAAGAACACGACCGGAAUGCCUUCAACACUCCCAAUCCGCACAGCGGGGUGUACUCUCCCAGCUCAAGCAGUUCGGGAAUCAUUAGCGGCACAAACUCGGAACGAACGGAGGAGUUAAACUUCAUCCAAGAUUACGACCGGCGAGCAACCAGUGCCCUUUCUGCUGACACCGAGCCGACAAGUGUCAUGUUUGUCGAAAGGACAUCCAACGAGCACCGGCUUCCUCGCAGCCAAAAUCCCACUGUGACACUGCUGCAGAAGGCCCGAGAAUCCAAGGAUGGUCGAAUUUCGUUACCGGCCAUCGACAGCCAGUCGAGCAGGACGUCAACGCUACAACGGCCUAACGAAGAUGAUAGCUGGAUCCGCGAUCGUGAGCCCAGUCAUGUGACGCGACAUGUCAUUCAUCGCGAACCGGUUAAGUUCGAAGGCAUUGGACCGACCAACGAAAAGGGGUUGCCAAUUGGAUUAAGAUCCAACAUUAAGGAAGAUAAUCAACACGAUUGGUACAAGAGAAUGUUCAAAGCCAUACAUCGCCCGGAAGACGAGACGGAUUAUGUCCUAGUGAAAUACCAGAAGCCGCGAAGAUCAUCCGGUUACUCUCCUACGCCGCGGAACCCCUAUCUGUCCGAUUCUUACAUGAGUGAGCCGGAGUCAGGACGCGGCGACGAUAAUUACUCCUUUUCCGCGGCUGCCUCCGAUAUGGAGAACACCAAUGAUUACGCUGACUAUGCACGCACGCAAUCCUUACCGCGAUCAAAAGCAUCGCCCGAACGGAAUGUGUCCUACUCAUCAUCUGUCACACCCGCCACUCGUAAUUAUACCAUUGGAAAUUCCAAUCAGCCAGCAGCAGCAGCAACCCGCGGGAAGGAAUCAUCACCGGGUUACCGAACGGAAACAUCGUACAACAUGGCCUCGCCAUAUCGAAAUCUUCCCAACAAAUUGGAUAACUAUAUUCCUGGGAAUUCGUCCGUUUCAAUGCAGGAAGCUGUACAGGAUCUGGACUGGAGACGGCAAGAGAAAUUAUACAAUCCACCACCCGAAACGCCCAGGACUCAGUACAGCUUGACCAACAUCACCGUGGGCAAUCUGCAGCCAGAGAAAGUGAUCUAUCGGCGGGGUAAUGUACGUGCCCUCUCACCGGAAGAGCAGCGCGAGCACUACAAAGAAAUUCAACGCGGCGGUGACAUUCCGCUUUCCGGGCUGGGCAUGCGAACGCCGCAGAGAGCAAAAGAACGGAACAUUAACGCAUUAACACGCCCGUUUAAGUAUUCCCACACUGAUUACGAUCGAUCCUCUGAUUUUGACCCUAUAACGGCACGAUUAAGCGAUCAACCCAAAUGGACCAAUACAGCUUAUGCUAAUGCCAAUUUGUACGACAAGCCGGUACUGCGGCCUUAUCCAACCAAUCGCUUCUCCUUUUUCAAGUCGGAGUUUUAUUCUGAUCCGCGGGGAACGACUAAUUAUCUCGAUCCGUAUCGCCGGUUUAGGGAGAAUCUUACUACUGACGGUGUCCUGCCGGCACAACGGCGGGAGGUCAGCAAUGACUUCAGUUUUUUCCGGGCGGUCAGCGGCAGUCCGAUUCCCUUCCGCACAUCGCCGACCAUACAGUCACGCUCGCAAAAUACACAUACGCGCCGAAGAGUGCGCAGUACGUCGGGCGGAGAGGCGGACUCAAUUGAUGCAUGGCUGAAGAAACUGUACGCGGAACUGGACGGACUGGACCAGACAGUCGCGCCCCAACCCGACCCCCGUCGAUAUGUCGAUCCCGGAUUCCGCCAACAGUUAUCGGCACAAGUGGCGCGAAAGUGUGCCACGUAUCAUAAAAACAUUCCCGCAUCGUUUUCCUACGUCUUUCAUUCACCGCUAUGCGGGACAUUGUUUUCCACAAUGACAACUACUGUUUUGGACGACAUUAAAAAAGAUUUGCAGCCCAAUUUGGCGCAAUCGAAAACGAUCGCUAGUUUUGGCAGUAAAGUGUCUGACACGCAUCAGACCAACGGCCACCAAUCGCCAUAUCAACGUGCAGUCGGUGUCAGUAAAGCGGUCCAAUCAGCGACAUCCCGCAUCGCGACCAAACUGCAUCAGCCGGCGUACAGCCGCGACCAUAAAGACGAUGCCCUGCUGGCUUAUCUGCAACGAAGAGCAGAGAAGAUGCGGCGUUUAACCCGAAAACUCUUUUCGUUAUCGCGGGAGUCUGCACCAGGGUAUACGAAUAUACCGCGUAGCGAUAAAGGCCGCGUGCGCAAGUUAAGUCAAAAAUACGAGACAUGGCAGCGCGUCCGAUCGGGUGCAGCGUCGCCCAUCAGCGGAGCCACCGGGUUCACAUACAUCAGCCCAGACGACGCGUGGGUGAAUCGCACUCACCGAAUUCGCCGGAGUAGCAGUUCCAGUUCGCUAUCAUCCGACAAGGAGAACGCUCAUAAAAUGGUCCGGUCUAAAUCGGUACCCAGUGGCUCCCACCAGGCGCCGGUGGUUACUAACAAUCCUUAUCGGCAUGUGGGAUUCGAUCUCCUCGAAUCUUCCAUGAGUCUUGAUGAUCGCAUCAGUUCGGUGUCCAGUUUUCCGGCCAAUGCACUGGAUGAUUUUCGUCGCUCGCCGUCGUCUUGCAGCUCGGCAUCCUUCGAUCAGCACUACAGCAAAUAUUUUACAGAUUCUGAGUUGAGAGGAAUGGACGACUUAAAACUCGAGGCUGAUAUUGACAGGAUAGCUGCUCCGCCUUCUAAAAAGCCUUUGACUGAUACAGGAAACCGGACGCUGACUACGCGCGAUAUAAAUUCGCCCUACAUGGCGCCAUCGCGAUCAUCAGGCGGAAGUCUGGAAAGACAAAAGUCGUUAGAGCGGCAGCGAUCACUUGACAGGCAGAGAUCACGCACGUCGGACCGCGACGACGAGUUGGACUUGAUGAGCGAAUACCGGCAUAUCGAUGAGAUUUACGAGCGCGAGAAAGAGAGACGUCACAAAGUCCAACAAGCGGAAGAGGAGCGCCGUCGGCAUCACUAUGUGCCCAUCAAGUCACCCAUCCCCAGUGACAGAUACGACAGUGUCUACGAGGAUCCCUUUAAAUUUGCGCCGGGACGACCGCGCUCAGCCAGUCCGGGAUCAGUGGCGUUCGGCCGACACGACCGGGCCCGGUCAUCCAGUGUACACAGCACUUAUCCUGACAGUGAGCUGAUUGGACCCUGCAGAGCGCUGUACUCGUUUGCAGCUCAAAAUCCCAGGGAGCUGUCAUUUCGCCAAGGCGAGAUUGUUCAUGUCCGGCAGCAGCUGGAUGCGAACUGGGUUGAAGGCAACUGCAACAAUCGCGUCGGGAUUGCGCCGGUCAGCUACCUCCAAAGUAUGGCAGCUGAAAAGCGGAUGAGGGCCGAAAAGCCCCUAACCGAAGGUCACGCACGAGCCAAAUACGACUUCAACGCUCACAGCCAAGUGGAAAUGUCGAUUAAAAAAGGCGAAACCAUAGCGCUCAUAAGAAGAGUGGACCAAAAUUGGUACGAAGGAAAAAUUGGAGCCCGUCGGGGAAUCUUUCCUGUAUCGUACGUCGAAGUAUUAAGAGAGGUAGGUGGCGAAACGGUUGGCUACGCUACAUACCCGCGCGCUCCCCACCUGCCCUCCUCCACCUUACCCCUCUCCCGCCCCGGGCCCCUGUCGACUGUUCGCCCCUCUGAUUCCAAUUACCCGGUCUCCAACCCUGCCACCCCCGGGCCCGGGUCAGCCAGCCGCACCAAUACUCCCUCGCUGUCCUCCUCUGCCUCGCCCGCUCCGCGUCGCGCUUCCCUCGUCGAAGAGGGCUCCGACCGGUUACGAUACGGUGAUGACGUUCUUAAGGAGUUCAAGAGCCAAGUCUCCCAGAUCAGUCCCACCGCGUCGCCAAGUGAUCAGCUGCUGAGGAAGAGUUCCAUUAAAAGCACCUCGGUACUGGAUGAACUCAACAUCCCGCCACCGCCUUCUACGACGGUCAAAGAGGAGCUGGAUCUCUUAAAAAGGGAACCGGACAGGUGCCGGGUUCUUUAUACAUACAAAGCGCAACAUGAGGACGAGCUGGAUCUGCGUGAAGGCGAAAUCAUCACGAUUCUGGAGCGUUGCGAUGAUGGAUGGUUUCGAGGAGGUAAUAAGCAGGAACAACAAGGAUACUUCCCUGGAAACUACGUCCAAGCUUUGUGAAACAAUGAACCAGUGGCCUUCAGAAAGAGAACCAUAAGUGACCUUUAAUAUAACCACAACCGACAACGCGCUCAAUGUCCAUAGUUUACUAUACGUUUUGAUACUACGUAGUUGUUCCGGUGUUACUAAUCCCGUUGCGAAUGCUAAGUGAUUAUAGGAAAAUAUAACUUUAGUGGAACAGUCAUGUACUACCGCGGAAGGAAUUAUGGAAGUCAUUUUAAGUCUGUGAAGUUGAAAUGUGUGGUGACCACUGACAAGUGAAUUAAAGGCAAU